CCCAGAUGUUACAUUUCACUAACCAAUAGUAAGUAGAGAGGGGCUGGAUUGGUGUGCACUCCUGAUGCCCCUUUCUUUAAAAAGCUCCUGUCUCCAACCCACAUGAGGAGGAGACACGGUGAGUCUCUGUAGGACUGGCAGCAUCACCCAGACCUGAGGAUCUGAAGCCCCUUUCCUCCAGCCGUGACCAAGUGCUGCAGAACCAGUUGUUUGCAUAUUCUUUAGCUUGUAUGCAUACCGAAUCCGAGAUCACCUGUCGUCAUCAGCACAAUGUUGGAAUUAACUAAACUGCUGCUAGUACUGUCUUUUCUGGCCUCAGUGGCUCUAGGUCAAGGAUUAUUAAGGACGAUGACCCCAUCAGACAGGAGCAGAAGAAUGACCUUUAAUACAUUCACUGACUCACAGACAACAGGUGUGACUGAGUGGACUUCUUGGUUCAACAUCGACCAUCCAGGUGGUAAUGGAGACUACGAACGCCUGGAGGCAAUACGUUUCUACUAUAGAGAGAGAGUUUGUGCUCGGCCCACAGCCAUGGAAGCCCGCACUACGGACUGGGUGGCAGCUGCAGACACUGGUGAAGUGGUUCACUCCAGUUUGGAGAAGGGCUUCUGGUGCAUCAACAAAGAACAGCUCCACGGUCGAGUCUGUUCCAACUAUCAUGUUCGCUUUCAGUGUCCCCCAGUGCAGAGCUACUGGACUGACUGGAGUGAGUGGGGUCCCUGCUCGACUACAGUUUGCAAUGAUGUGGGAAUCCAGGUUCGGCAGAGAAAAUGUGUGAGCGCUCAGCCCAUGCCUCUUUUGUUCGUACCAGCAUGUAUAGGACACCACGCAGAGAGGAGGGAGUGCUCCACUCCACCAUGCACAGCUAAGUGGAGUCCUUGGGGUCCCUGGGGGAGUUGUUCAGUAACUUGUGGUGGAGGCCGCAGGACAAGGAGACGAAACUGUGUGAGGACCUCAGAGACGGUGCAGUGUGCAGGACGACCUGUUGAGAUCCAGAAGUGUGGAAGAAGUCCAUGUCCAGCCAGAUGCCAGCUCAAGUGCACAAAAGGCCAUCCCAGUGAGGACUGCAGCACUUGUAUGUGUGUGGGCCAUGUACUGUUUGGAGACAUCCAAGCUGCAAAUGGAGUCCCUGUGGCAGGGGCCAGCGUGGCUCUGACCAGCCACCCUAAAGUGAUCCGCACUCUUACAGACAUGAAAGGGCAGUUCACUCUGUCAGGAGUCUGCUCUUCCAGCUCGACCUUGAUUACCAUCAGCAAAGAGAAGUUUGUACCAGUUGUUGUCUCUACUUUCAGUAACACUACAGGGAUUUCCUGGGUACGGGCUGUCCUCAAAUCAGCUGAAAAGCCAUACAUUGUGAAGCACCCAGAGGACAAAGUGCGUUAUGAGGGAGGACGUGUGCUGUUGUGCUGCUCAGCUACAGGAUCACCAGCUCCUGACAAAUUCUACUGGUACCACAAUGGGGCACUGCUGGAUAAGAAUAUGUACAAGUAUGGAGAGGAUCUUGUACUCCGGGACCUAAAGCUUGAGCAGUCUGGGGAAUACUACUGCAAAACCAGCAACCCUGCAGGCAGCAUCAAGUCAUCCCCAGCUCACCUUACUGUGAUUGCUAAAGGAUCGCCAGCAUGCAAUUCCACCCCUGAAACGCACCUCAUCAGAUUACCACUAGACUGUGUUCAACCUGGAACUCACUCCAAGUACUACAACGCUGGUCGAUGCCCUCACAACACGUGCCCGGGAUCCCUUGACUUUGACAUGCGCUGCAGAGAUGGAACUGGAUUCUGCUGUGGUGUUCAGGAAAUGGAAAGUCGAAAUAUUGACUGUGGUACCUACAAACUCCCUAUACGAGCUGUGAUGCAGUGCAGUUGUCAGAAGUGUGUGCAACCCACUGUGCUGGUUCGUGGCAGAGUGGUGGCAGCUGACAAUGAUGAGCCUCUGCGUUUUGGGCAUAUUUACAUUGGUAAAGAUAGAGUAGGCACCACCGGAUACCAGGGAGGGUUUACAUUGCAAAUUGCUCCAGAUACACAAAGAUUGGUUGUAAAUUUUGUCGAUCCUACUCAAACAUUUAUUGACACUCCAAAGGUGUUCAUUUUUGACAAAAAAGGUGGCUGCAUCUAUCAUAAUGUGAAAGUGAUGAGAAAGCAGAUACCAAUUGAUAUCAAUCCAGGAGAGACCAAUUUUAUUGACCUUGGAGAAAUUAAAGGGGAAGAUCCAAUUGGACAACUGGUCAUUCCACCUAACUCCUUCCAUAAAGACAAUGGAGAAAUCUAUGAGGGGACAGUGAAAGCCAGCGUCACAUUUAUUGAUCCAAGAAACAUUACAACAGCAGCAGCAGCCCCUGGAGACCUCAACUUUGUGGAUGAAGAGGGUGACAUGCUCCCAUUAAGGACAUAUGGCAUGUUUUCAGUUGACUUUAGAGAUGAGACAAGUAAGGAGGUACUUGGAGCUGGGGCAGUUCAAGUUCUCCUUGACACGCAGCAUGUUAAAAUGCAAGAGCAUAUUCCCACAAUGAAACUGUGGUCUUUAAACCCAGACACUGGUGUCUGGGAGGAGGAGAGUAAUUUUUCCUACAGCAAAACUACUGCUGGUGGUCAUGGACGAAGCAAGCGUGAGGAGCGCACCUUUCUAAUAGGCAAUAUGGAGAUUAGAGAACGUAGACUCUUCAAUUUAGAUGUGCCUGAAAACAGGCGCUGUUAUGUUAAAGUGCGUGCCUACAUGAGUGAUAAGUUCCUUCCUACUGAACAACUGGAGGGUGUUGUAAUCAGUUUAAUAAACCUUGAGCCCAAGCCUGGUUAUACAUCUAAUCCCAGGGCAUGGGGUCGGUUUGACAGUGUCUUAACUGGGCCUAACGGUGCCUGUUUGCCUGCUUUCUGUGAUGCCAUAAGGCCGGAUGCUUACACUGCUUAUGUCACAGCAAUACUAGGCGGAGAAGAGCUGGAGGCGGCUCCCUCUUCCCCCAAGAUGAAUCCAAACAUCAUUGGUGUGUCUCAACCUUAUCUAGAUAAGUUAGACUACCAGCGUUCUGAUCAUGAGGACCCAGAUUUGAAGAAAACUGCAUUCAGAAUUAAUUUAGCAAAGCCUAACCAAAACAAUCUUGAUGAGACCAACGGACCAAUAUAUCCAUAUCAGAAUUUAUUAGCUUGUGAAAAUGCUCCUGUGGACGCAAAUCAUUUCAGAUUUUUCAGAGUGGAGAAGGACAAGUAUGAAUACAAUGUUGUUCCUUUUGAGGAGAAUGACUUGACCACCUGGACUAGAGACUACCUCUCCUGGUGGCCUAACCCCCAAGAGUUCAGAGCCUGCUUCAUCAAAGUCAAGAUUCACGGCCAGAAAGAAGUCAUGGUUCGGUCAAGGAAUCUAGGAGGAACACAUCCAGAGACAAGGGGCAAACUUUAUGGCAUUAGAGAUAUUCGCAGUACUCGUGACAUGCGAGAGGCCAACACCUCAGCUGCGUGUGUUGAGUUCAAAUGUAGUGGCAUGUUGUUUGAUCAAGCAGAGGUGGACAGAUCACUCAUAUCAGUUAUUCCACAAGGUAACUGUCGGAGGAUUAGUACCAAUGGUCUUCUACAGGAGUAUCUCAUUAAACAUCCACCAGUUGCUCAGAACAAUGAUUCAAAUGCAUUCACCAUGUUAGCCCCUGUUGAUCCAUUAGGGCACAACUAUGGCAUCUAUACAGUCACAGACCAGAACCCCAGAGUUGCCAAAGAGAUUGCUAUUGGGCGUUGCUUUGAUGGAACCUCAGAUGGCUUCUCCAGAGAAAUGAAGUCUGACUACGGUGUGGCACUGACCUUUAGUUGUCCAGAGAAGAAAAUUAACAGGGAAAGCCUGUUCCAGCGUCUGCAGACCAACCCGGGACAAACACUGUCUCAGAUGGCAAGGGACAUGAGGGAAAUGGAUGGUCAACAGCUGCGGAGAUCAUCAAGCCAGGUUGUGGCCUUUCCUUCAGAGCAGCAGGGGAGGACCCAGAGUCGGCGAGCUAGUUCUGGUACCAGAAGGAGAGCAUCCAUGCAAGCACAGCAGCGCCAGUAGAGGUGCCAAGAAGUAGGUUAUCUAUGUUUACCCUGAUGCUAAAAGAGUGAGAGAUUGCCUGUCUAAUUAAAAGUAUGACUUCCAUCCUGACUACAAAACUGAAAAAACUAAAACAUUUCAGCAAAAUCUACAAGUGUAGAUCAUGUGUCUUAUAGUAACUUGAAGGUUUAUAAAUUGUGUUUUAUUUUACUUAUAAAAGGUAUGUAUCACUUGACUAUUUCUAAUUGCCUGGUAUUUAUUUUUUGCCUGUGUUCUAAUUUUAUAAAUGAAUCUGCAAUAUUGGCAAUAGACCUGGGAAUGUGGAUUUUAUUUCACAGAAAUACUGUAUUUCAAUGCUUAAUUUAAAACCCAACCUCCAAAUAUUAUAAGUAGUACGGUAAACCAGACGACUUCAAUAUUGGAUGUUGCCAAUUAACUUUGUUUUGUCAAGAUUUGAAUGAAACCAAGGCAAGGUCCUACCUGAUAGACACUGAGCCCGUUUCCCACAAAUUGGGAAACUCUUUCCACUGAGAGAAGAUCAGUUUAAAACAUUGUGGUAUGACAAUACCAUGGGUAAGAAUGAUAAUUUUAAACACAGUAACGUUUUUCCAAUAGUGAUUUAGCCAAAUGUCCAUCUCCACUUGCUUCAAAUAACCACAGCUGUCACUAAGACAAUUAUUAGUAGCAAGUUGUGAAAAUAAUUGAUGAUAAUUGUUGAAGUAUGACAAAAUGUCCUUUGCACAUUCCAGAUUAUCAUUCAAACAAAAUAAAUAUAAUGUAAACAAUGAAUUUAUGGCAAGAGGCUUUUUUAGUGGAAUAGUUAUAAUCAAACUUUAGUGUGUGUUAAAAAGUUUAUGAACCCUUCAGAAUAUUCACAUCAAAUAACUGCUUAAAGAACAGCUUAAAGUGCCUGUGACAUUGAAUUUCUAUAAUAAAUACAAUUACAUUUAUGGAAAGGAGACAUUGAUGAAAUAUUUCAAAAAGUAAAUUAAUGCAGCUAAAAUGAACAGUUUUUGAGAUAUCGGGUCAUAAAUCUCACUAAAAAGGCACUCCGAGACUACUCCUUUGUGCUCUUUAUGGCAUAGAAGGGGAACCCCGGAACGUAAACUAACCAUUGCUACAGUAGCUGACAACACAGACAGUAGCAAAUAAUCUGAUGUUUCUUUAGAUAUAUUUCAGUCACUAUCAGAGAGUGACAAAGCAGAGUAAGAAGAAGAAAGUCAGGUGUGUUCAGACGGCAGAGCACAUAUACUUUGACGUGCGGACGGCCAUCCAAUUCUCUAUUUUUGCCGGAUGCCAGAGCACGGCCGGAGUCAAUAUGCAUGAAUUAUAACGCACCACCAGGAAACAGAACGAGCACAACAUCCGGAUUUUCAAAAUAAUUCACUAAAGACUGACUAGAUCUCGCUAUAUCAAGAACUACACGCAUAUAUUUAUUUAGAUCAUUUAGUUCAGUUAUUGGGUUACUGAGGUAUUCUAAACCAAACAAUAUUAAAUGCACCAAACUAGGUAACAAAUGUAGCUUCGCUGCCCUCAGUGUACUCACCCAUUGUAGAACAAAGCACAUGAAAGCAGUUUAACUGGUUUAACUAUCACAGAAUGAAUUGUUUUGAACUUGCUACUGUAUUUAUCACUGGCUUUUAUUGCAUGAUCUGCGUAUGGUUUUUGGACCUCCUUGGGGCUUCGCAGUGGACUAGAGCAGUGCGGCUGUAAAUCAGUACAGCGAAGUUCAACCAGACCGGAGCAGAACUUGGGUUCAACCUGUACAGUUUAUCAUUGACACUUACACAAUGAAUGACUGGAGACUUCUCCUUUGACGUCAUUUCUGGGCGACUUUGGACUUGCAAAAUUUAACAAUGAAAUAUGCUUAUUUUGUGUCACAGUUGUCUUUUAUCAAGUCUUCAAUCCUGAUAUACUAUCAAUUACUGUCCAAUUUGCUAAAUAUUAAGAUAUGCUCUUUUAAUUUCUGCAUUUGUGGCAAAAGCUGUCACAGGCACUUUAAUUAAAUAGGGUUGUCCCAAUCUGAUCCCAGGUAUUGGCUUAAGGCCCAGAUCAUCUCACUUUUAAAUCAUCAUUAGUGAGAAUCCUGAAAAAAUUCAACAUAUAUAUAUUGUUGGUAACUGUGUUUAUGUCAGUCAUACGUCCCAGCAAUAAAAUGUCUAAUUUUUAUUAUGAUUAAAGCCUAUUUCAUA